AUGUUAUCGAGGACAUCAUUACAUAGUUAUACUAUUACUAAAAACAGUAAUCGUUUAUUCAAUUCAUUUAAUAGAAUAUUUAGUCAGAAUGUUGUUACUCUUUUAAAGAAUAAUAAUAAUAAUAAUAAUAUAAAUAAUAUCAAUAGUAAUAUAAGAAGUUAUGGUAGUAGUACUACUACUACUAAACCUGUUGUAAUAGGUCAACCUACACAUGAAACACAUCCACAUCUAUUGGAUAAAGGUGAAGUUAUAAAGGGAAUCAAAUUGGAGGAGUUUAAAGAGAGAAGAAGAUUGUUGGCAGAGACAUUACCUGUUGGUUCGAUUGCAUUGAUUAUGACACCACCAGAACCGAUGAUGUCGUAUGACAUUCCCUAUCAUUUCAGACAACACACCAACUUCUAUUAUUUUACUGGUUUGAACGAACCUGAGGCUAUAUUGGUUAUCGAAAAGACAUCGGACACUCAAUAUAAAACAUCGAUCUAUUUGCGUGAGAAGAUACCAGAACGUGAGAUUUGGGAUGGUCCAAGAUGUGGUUUCGAAAAUGUAACAAAAUUAUUUGGUGUUGAUUUUGGAUAUCCAUUAACACAAUUAGAUCAAUUAAAAGAAACAAUUGGAAAAUAUAAACAAGUUCUUUUGAAUAAGGUGGAAUGGAGUAAAGUUUUUGAGAAACUUGGAAAUCUACAGUAUUAUGAUUUGGAGAGAUAUCUACAACAGAUGAGAUUGGUAAAGUCACAGGCAGAGAUCAAGAUGAUGAAACAAUCUGGUGAUAUCGCUGGUGAUUCAUUUAAGGAAUGUAUGAAAUAUAUUCGACCAAACAUGAACGAGCAAGAGCUAGGUGCCUAUUUUGAAUUUUCAAUCAAAAAGCGUGGUGCUCAGAGAAUGUCAUAUCCUCCUGUUGUCGCCGGUGGUAACAAUGCAAAUACCAUACAUUACAUUUCAAAUAAUAUGUUAUUAAAAGAUGGAGAUUUAUGUUUAAUGGAUGCAGGUGCUGAGUAUUGGGGAUUCACAAGUGAUAUCACUAGAACCUAUCCUGUGAACGGUCGUUUCAGUCAGGCACAACGUGAGAUUUAUGAAGCGGUUUUGGAUGUAAAUAAGCGAUGCAUAGAGUUGGUCAAACCUGGUGCUUCUAUCAAUUCGAUUCACGAGCAAUCGGUACUGAUGAUUACGGAGCAUCUUCAACGACUUGGAAUAUUACCGAGUGGCAAAACAGUGAGUUCGCUGGCAAGAAGUGGUGUCUAUCAUAAAUACUACCCACAUUGCAUCGGUCACUAUCUUGGAAUGGACACACACGACUGCAUCGAUAUCAGCUACGGCGAGACUCUGACCGAGGGUAUGAUCAUCACAAUCGAACCGGGUAUCUAUAUCGAUGCCAACGACAUGUCAGUCGAUGAGAAAUACCGUGGAAUCGCCAUUAGAGUUGAAGAUGACGUUGCCAUCGUCAAUGGCAAACCAUUCGUUUUAACAUCGAGAGCGCCAAAAGAAAUUUCAGAGAUUGAAUCGUUGCAGAAAUAA